GGGCCCAACGGGGCUCUCACAAUACCAACUCCCAAAGCAAAGAACUUCAACAACAAUCCCCUUGAAAUGACACAACAAGAUAGCUAUGAUGUAGAGCUCGCAAGAGUCCAGGUCGUUUCCAGCUUUCGUAAUACCGAAUCGCAACGAAAUCUCCCAACGGCAUCUGCAGUGGCCGUUCCCCCGAUGAUUACCACCAAUGGGCCAGUGCCCUCCAAUGGAACUGUCAUGAUUUCAUCGCCACCACCGAGCACGUUGCCAACUGCUCAUGCUAGAGUAGUUCCAAGCCGACCUUCACCCGCCGCAACUAGGCGAAACCGGCCUCGACCCACAACAAACACCACCCCAAAGCGUGAGCACAAUUCGGAUCGAAGAAUUUUCAGACCCGUGCUCGGUUGUACCGUGCUCUUCGUACUCUUGAUUGCCCUGGGCUCGAGACUCGCGGCCAGCGCGAAUCGCAGCAACACGUUCGCGCCGUCGCCAACAUACUCCUUCAACCGCGAUGACGACUACUACUCGGGUGACGACUUGUUUGCUUCUUUUGGCUUCAGGUUCCCCACCCCCGCACCGACGCCCAUUCCAGUAUUCUUUGUGCCUUCAUUGCCCACACCCGCACCAAUGCCCUCGCCUGCACCAACUUCAGUGUUUGGCUAUAGCGGCGCCAUCGAAGGAUUCCUCAUUAGCCGAUCCUCCCAGAGCAACAGCACCGCGGAAGACACCCCUGGUUUCCGCUGGCUUUCUCAAUCGGAAUUCGAUGGCUCCAGUCAGAGCUGCCAGGAGGCCUGCCGAGGUGACGCGGCUGCUAUUUUCUUUACUUACAUGAAUGGUGUGGCUGGCAUUGAUUUAUGGGUUGGCUCCAACUGUAUUUGCUUGGAUGCCAUUCCUGGCACAUGCCUCCUAGACAUUGACGAAACUGAGCCAGAGCAGGUCUACGCGAGACAUGGCAGCAUCUAUUCCAGUGUCCCUCUUCCCUCCGAUUGCGCCGUUGAUGACGUUCCUCCUUGAGAGCUGCUUGCACCACGCCCAGCACUUUAGAAACCACUCUACAUGUUUGUAUUUUUAAACUAGCAUCACUUGUUACACAUGACA